UAGUGUAGCUGAAAAGAACAGACCAUAUAAUAGGUAUCCUGUAAACGAUUGGCCAUAAAUCAAAAGUCGAGAUUGUAGUAUGACUCAACGAUAGAGUAGGCGUGUAUUUUCAAAUAGCAAACUGAAUAAUUUAUUAAACAGUCUCUUUUGUUCGAAAUAGUGCAAUUCAAUAUCAGCAAGGCCAAAUAACAGAUCGGAUAAACUUUUAUCUCAAAGCUAAUCUAGCAGAUAUAUUGUUAUUCUUAUAUUGAUAUAUGGCUCUGCACACUUAUAUAAGGUGCAGUCCAGACGCUAGUUCCGAACCUAGCGGAGUAAUCACAGUGAGUCGGGUUUGACGAGUUUUGACAGGAGGAGCGAGAAGAUUGAGUAUUUCUCUUUUCUCAUUUUCCUUUCCCAAUUUACGUUAAAAUGACAAAAGUAUCUUCGACGUUGAAGCAUUGAAAGAAAAAUUGGAUACUUAUAAAAUCUAAUCUAUUUUAAAAAUUAAAAAUUUCUAAUAAGUAAUUGUCACUGUACAGUGUAGGCAUAACCUACAAAAUGGAUAAGAGGCAAUUGUGGAAGGAUCUAGGUACAGAUCCCAAAGAAAGAUUGAAAUCACUCUCCGAGUAUGCCUCUUCAGUGAGUGUAGAUCCUCAUAUACCCAUUCACAGGUAUUAUCGAUCUGGAAUAGAAAUGGUUAGAUUAGCUCAUAUGCACAUGGAAGAACAAGAUUAUGAGAGUGCUUAUACUCUAUAUAUGAAAUUUAUAACACUUUUUGUGGAUAAAAUUAUAAAGCACCCACAGUACAACAGUAUAUCAGCCAAGGACAGGAACAUGAAUAAAUGCAGCUUGAGAACUGCUUUUGCCAAAGCAGAAGAGUUGAAAAAACAGUUAAUGCAACAAUAUCAGAUAGAUCUAGACAAGUAUAUAGAGGACUUAAAGGAAAAAGAAAAAAUUGAAAUGGAACGCCUAAAACAAGAAGAACUUCAAAAGCAAAAGGAGGAAGAGGAAAAAAGAAAUAAAAUAGCAGCCAUGGCUGCCAUUAAGGCAGCAACGGCUGCCAUCAGCACAAAUGUAGUGUUACCAGAAGAAACAAAGAGCAAGUUAUUUCCUAUUGUACCUCCUGUUAAGCCUGUGAUAAGUCCUUCGAAUGGUAACGACAAGACAUUUAUCUUCAAAGAUUCAAAAACACCGACAGUGGAUCGUUCAACCAAGCCCUCUUUAUUGAUGAGCGAUGGUUUAUCCUUGCGCGAUGUUAUUCUGUCGAACAAAUUGAUGCACGAUUUCCUAAUGCUUGCCUUUAGUAAUACAAUAAACAAUAAAGAAACCUGCGGCAUUCUAGCCGGAAAAUUGGAGAGAAAUAAAUUGCUGGUGACGCAUCUGCUCAUUCCGGAGCAAACCAGCACCCCAGAUUCUUGCACUACGCACAAUGAAGAAGAUCUCUUUGAUUAUCAGGACCAACAUAAUCUAAUCACCCUCGGUUGGAUCCAUACCCACCCCACACAAACUGCAUUUUUGUCGAGUGUGGAUUUGCACACACACUGUGCCUAUCAGCUGCUGAUGGCCGAGGCAAUAGCAAUAGUCUGCGCGCCUAAAUACGAUGAAACGGGAUUCUUCGUCUUGACGCCUGAUUAUGGUUUAGAUUUCAUCGCAAAUUGCAGAGAAACUGGGUUCCAUCCUCAUCCUACUGAACAACCGUUAUACACAAAAGCGAGACAUUAUAAGUUAGAUGCAAUGGCAUCCAUCGAGGUUGUGGAUCUGAGGAGAAAAUGAUACAUUUCCAAUUAUAAUAUUGCUAUUAGCAAGAGCUAUUUUUCUAACAACUAAAUCACGAAAUUGCAUUAUUAGUCGCGUUAAAUCCGUAAAAAUUACAAAUCAUAAUAGUAAUCGCGAUAUCAUCAUAUCGCAUAUAAAAAUGAGUGCUGUCGGUAUAACUCGAGUAUUUCUGUGUGUAUUUAGGUUUGUUUCGAUUGAAUAAUCUUUAUUUAAUAAUUUUUUAUUUUUAUUAUUUAAUUAUUAUUUUUGUAUAAUUUAUUUAUAGAGGAAAGCGCGUGCACUUGGCUUUUUUUUUUAGAAAAAGGUGGUUAUUUCUAUAUCCGGACGUCCUAAAUCCGCGGAUAUUAUCCGAAUAACUACAUUUGCCCUAUAUUUGGAAGUAAAUAAUAAAUAAUUAUAAAGCAGCGAUGCAUUUUUUGUUUUUAUUGUUUAUUUUUAUUAUUAUUUGUUUAUAUUAUUUGUUUAUUAUUUGUUUUUAUUAUUAUUGUUUUAUUAUUAAAAAAAUUCAGAGUAAAAUUGACAGCACUAAUAAAAAUGUCAACGAAAACCGAGCAAUUAUAUAAAAAAUGUUAUUUAUUUUAAUUAUAAUAUAUAUUAUCAAUUUUAAGAAAACUUAAUUUAAAAGAAGCAAUUAUCGAGAUUUUAAAUCAAUACUGAUUAUUAUAUAUAAAUUUAUUGUUAUAUUAUUCAUGUUAUAUUUUACUUAUAAUGAUUACAUUAUAUUAUUAUUAUCUAAAUUCUAAAAAACUCCAACACCGAUACGAAAAGAAAUUUUGAGCGGCUCGGUUUCUGUGUGCCUUCUCAAAAAGGACAAGGUGUUCGUAAUAUUUAAAAACGCUAAAAAUUAAUUAAUUAUUCUGUACUCUAAUAGUAUGAAAAAUAUUUAAAAAAUAAUUAUUCUUAUAGUGUUUAAGCUAGAGAGAGAUAAUUUUCCUGUAAGAUGGUUUACUAAGCUUUACAUUAUAAUAAAAAAAAGAAAAAUGAAAAGAACACAAGCCGAAAUAACACAAGAUGUCAUAGAUCAAAAUGAUGAAAUAACAGGAUGAAAACAUCCUAUGUAUAUACAUCCAUGAUAUUCUGAGACAUUCUUUAAGCAUUUUAGAUAAUUUUAAGCAUAUUCAGGAUAAUUUUGGGGUGACUUGUAUUGUUUGGGAGAUAUCUACAAAAAAUAUAAAGAUCGGCAUGAAUCAAUAAAUAUAUAUCUAAUCUAAUUCACGCAGCUAAUAAUAUAAUUCACGCAGCUUUUUGGCGCGCAGCAAGCAUUGCUACAUCCAAUAAAAAUUUUAAAAUAAUAAAAGUACCAUGAAAAAAAUGACAUGUAAUCUCUAAUUAUUCUCUAUUUUAACAUCGUAAAUGCAAACGAAUACGAAUAAAUAACUUAAUAAUUGAAAUAAAAAUUGUUUAAUUUGAAAAGCAUUGCUCCAUUAUUAAUAUAGUGGAUAAUAAAAACAUAAAAAAUUUGUGUUCUACACAUAAGGGUCUUGUGUUGUAUCAUAAACAUAACUUGCUUUGAACGUGCAAGAUUAGCCACAUAGAACUGUGAUCCACUUUCAGUACAAUAAACCAAAUAUAUUUACUUCUUUGGAAAAUUUUAUUAUCCUUCAAUAUGGAAGUCCAAUAUGGAAGAUCCAAGUCUCGAAAAAUCGAAAUCAAAUCCAUAAACAAAUAUACUUGGUUAUAAAUUAUUAUAUCAUGACGUUAUGUAUAUCAACACAUCUAUACAUAUUUUUAGAGUAUUAUUUCAUCACAUAUAUAUAUAUAAACAGAAUUUACAUAUCAUCAAAUACAUGUAGAAUAUAAUUCAUUGGUGUAUAUGUACACACAAGACACAUUAUUUCGUGUCGUGUAUGCUUGUUUACGCUUCAAAGAGAAACCAAGAAGACAAGCAACAACAAUAAUACAAUAAUGGAUGAAUACCUUAUAACGAAACUCGAAUAUAUUCAGAAGCUUGUCCGACGCGAACUCGAACGUAUAAUCGAACAACGAUCUUUUGUUUAGCUUGACAAAGUUGUCUACAGGAACGUACAUCUCUUACAAGCAGAUAAUUUAGACUAAGGAAACAACUGCACUCCUAAGCAAUUUACAUUUUUAAUCACAUAAAAUAGUUUUCUAGUCAUCGCUUGUCUUCCCAAGUUUUCCGGAGAAAAAUUUACUCUUCAUGAGAUAUAUUAUGUGGCGAACAUCACAAUUAAUUUCUUUCACAAUUAUAAUUAUCAUUUCCCAGGUUUUUCAAAUUGCAAUAAUGCACGCCUCGUAUACAUCUGAUACAAUAGAAAAACCAAUUCAGGCUUCGAACGUCAAAGAAAUUUUAAAAUGAAUAUAUUAAUAUUAUCAAAAGAUAUCAAAUCUUCGCACAAUUUUGAAAACUGGAAAAAAAUAGAGAAGACAGGCGAGAACAAAAUUUUGCCCAAGAAAUGUUGGAUACGUGAAGUGUUCCAUAUUCGAAAGUCACCCGUUUGUCAUGCUAUGAGCAAUAUAAAGAAGAUUUUCUUUAAAACUAGUAU